AUGGAGCCGCUGAGGACUGUGUUGGCUGUCGCCCUGCUCCUGGGAACAGCCUCAGCAGUGUCUCUGGGUGUGGUGAAGACAGAAGGUGGCAGUGUUCAGGGAAAAAAUAUCCGCCUUGGGCUCUUCCGCUCCGUGGAUGUUUUCAAAGGAAUCCCCUUCGCUGCCAAACCGGGAACACUUGAGAAACCCAGACCUCACCCUGGCUGGACGGGUGUUCUGAAAGCUACAAAGUUUGCCCAGAGGUGUCUGCAGAUGAGCAUGCUGCAGACUUCAGCUUUUGGCAGCGAGGACUGUCUCUACCUCAACAUCUGGGUUCCUCAUGGCCGACAGGUGUCGUCAAAUCUCCCUGUGAUGAUUUGGCUGUACGGAGGAGGCUUCCUGGUCGGGGGCUCGAUGGGACCUAAUUUCCUGAACAACUACCUGUACAGCGGGCAGGAGAUCGCAGACAGGGGGGAUGUUAUCGUGGUGACGGUGGGGUAUCGUGUGGGAACCCUGGGCUUCCUCAGCACCGGCGAUGCUGCGUUACCUGGGAACUACGGUCUGUGGGACCAGCAUGCCGCCAUCGCCUGGGUGCACAGGAACAUCCGCUCUUUCGGAGGAGACCCUGAUAACGUCACCAUCUUUGGAGAGUCUGCUGGAGGAGUCAGCGUCAGCUUCCAGACUCUCACUCCUCACAACAAAGGACUGUUCAAGAGAGCCAUCUCCCAGAGCGGGGUCGCCUUCUGCCCCUGGGCUGUAAAUAAGAACCCGCGUCAAGUGGCCCUGCAGGUUGCCGAGAAGGUUGGCUGCCCCACUGACGACACGAUGGUGGCCUGUUUGAAAUCGAUUGAUGCUUUGACUCUCACUAUGGCUGCUCCCCGUGUCAAGCCUGGCACCCCAGAUUAUCCCGUUGUGAACUAUCUGGUUCUGUCUCCUGUUGUUGAUGGAGACUUUCUGCCUGAUCAGCCCGCCAAUUUGUUCCACAACGCCGCGGACAUUGACUACCUCGCCGGGGUUAAUAACAUGGACGGCCACCUCCUCACAUCAAAGGACAUCCCUUCCUUUGGUGGAGAGAAGGAGACCCCUGUAGAAGAAAUAAAGAGGCUCCUAGGUGCGUACACCAAAGAGAAGGGGCAAGCUGGCCUGGAUAUGGCGUUCGCUGAAUACUCCUCCAACUGGGGAUCGACGCCGAGCCAAGUCUCCAUCAAAAGCACCGCUGUGGCCAUCGGCACUGACUACAUCUUCCUCGUGCCCACACAGGCUGCGAUCCAUCUCCAUGCUGACAAUGCCAGGUCCGGCCGUACCUACUCUUACCUGCUGUCUGAGCCAAGCUUAUUGGCUGGUCGAUCGUACCACCACUGGGUGGGAGCUGACCACGCCGACGAUCUGCAGUAUGUCUUCGGCAAACCGUUCGCCACGCCAAAGGCUUAUGGGGACAGUCACCGAGACCUGUCUGGCUACAUGAUUGCCUAUUGGACCAACUUUGCCCGCACGGGAGACCCCAACAAAGGAAAACUGAAGGUUCCUGUGACCUGGCCUGAAUUCAACAGCACCACACAGCAGUUCCUGGAGCUCAACGCCAAGAUGGAUGAAAGCUACGUCGGGCAGAAGAUGAGGCUUCGCUUCGUACGCCUCUGGACCAGCACACUCCCUGGCCUCCCGUCUCUUAAUGAUAUUGCGUAA